AUCAUAUUUAUUUGGUCCCAAAAGGUUGUUACCUAAUAGAUGGAGUGGUUUUGGUGUUGGAUGUCUUGCAUUUGUAUUGGUAGAUUUGUGUAACUGAAAUAUGUAUUUUGAUGCAUCUAUGUAAGUUUUUCGUUUAGGCGAUGGGGAUAAAUGAGGGAUCAAGAUUUUCGGCUAGUUACACUCACCCUUUCGUUGUCAAUCUAAGAUUCAUAUUCGACAUGAUGUGAACCCUUUAUCGCUUCGUAUAAGCCAAGUUGAUAAGUAUAUUCCAAGGGCUGAUUCUCCCACUUUUUACUACCUAUGUGGUCUGUUUUCGGUCUCUAGUGUCACCCAGUAGUUGUCACUGAUUAAACACCGAAAGAUGUAUUUUGUUGCAUCUAUGUAAGAUUUUUAUUUAAGGUUAUGGAGAUUAAUGAGGGAUCAAGAUUUAUUGGCUCUUUACACUCACCCUUUCGUUUUCAAUCUAAGAUGGAUAUUCAACAUGAUGUUAACGCUUUAUUGCCCGAGACGUGCCUAAUUCGAGCCUUUUUGUCUUAACAUUCCCUUGUAAAUUUCUGUCUCCAUCACAUACUAAACAUGUUCUUCCUCAGUAUUUUAUUCAAGAUUUGGUUCACAUUUCUAUUUCUUGCUGUCUUUCAAAGGCAAUUGAAGAAAUCAUUUGAGGAUCAAACAUUGUAUGCUGUGAUGGAUUCAGUGGAACGCUCGCCGAGAAAGAGUAGAUUUGCCCGGGCCGUUGCCAAGGUCUUGCACGUUCGUGCAGUCACAGGCGUAGCUCCAGACGAUGGCAGUAUUCGGAAGGCGAAGUCUCGUGACAAGGCAGAGAAAGAUGGUCUAGAGGUUCAGACGUUUAGAGACAAAGACGAAGAGGAGCAUCGCCACGACGGCCGGAUGGUCCAAGAAGCCUUCCUCUCGAAACUGUUUGCUUCAGUGUCUGCCGUUAAAGCUGCGUACGCAGAGAUGCAGUUCGCGCAAUCCCCUGGCGACGCGGAUGGAAUUCAAGCGGCCGACGAGAUGGUCAUAUCCGAGCUCAAGCGCCUGUCGGAGUUGAAGCAGGCUUACUUGAAGAAACAGCUGAACGAGGCGUCUCCAGCCACGACGUUGCUCUUAUCCGAGAUUCGAGAGCAGAGGAGUACGCUGAAAAUGUACGAGAUCACGGCCAAGAAGCUCGACUCUCUGCUCAAACACCGAGACUCGGAGACCGCCUCCCUAAAUAAGAAGCUCUCAGAAGCUAAUAAGGCUAACAAGCUGCUCGAGACGAGGCUGAGCUCGAGCGGGCGGCUUUUCUUUCCUGAGACGAGGGUUGGAAACUUCGUAUCGUCCCACCGGCAGACGUUGAAAUCUAUCCGAGCCUUCGUGCAGCUUCUGAUCACAGAGAUGGUAUCUGCCGGCUGGGAUUUGGAUGCAGCGGCCGAGGCAAUCGAGCCAGCCACUCGUUUUCGUAACCCCAGCCAUAAGUGUUUUGCGUUCGAGUCCUUCGUGUGCGAACAAAUGUUCGAUGGCUUCAAUAGCCCUAAUUUUCAGUUGUUCGAAGCAUUCUGUCGCGCGAAGUAUUUGAGGCUUGUGCAUCCGAAGAUGGAAGCGUCUCUCUUCGGGAGCUUGGACCAGAGGGAUUGCAUAACAUCCGGUGGGCUCCCGGAUACGCCCUUCUUCGCAGCACUCAGCGAGAUGGCGAAGCGCGUGUGGCUAUUGCAACGUCUGGCUCUGUCUUUCGAGCCGGAGAUCUCCGCCUUCCAAGUGAGGAAGGGGAGCCGGUUCUCGGAGGUCUACAUGGAGAGCCUGAGCGACGACGCCAUGCUGCUUCCGGAGCCUCUCGUGGCGCUGAGCGUUGCGCCGGGGUUCAGGAUUGGUAAGAGCAUUGUUCAGUGUCAAGUUUAUCUGUGCUGAUCUUGAUCUUGGAUGAGGACUUAAGUUUGGUUUUAGGUUAGUUCCUUUUUUUUUUGCUUAAAGGAAUUUGCUUUUGUUAGACCUUCCAAUUUUGCUAGUAGGAUGGUAAGUUGUAAGUAUAUUGUAAUUGUGGUCUACUUGUAUGCAUUUUUAUGUGCCAUAUAAUAGGUAAAUCUAUUGGUGUAGAAUCUAUUUCUUGUACUAUAAACUUAGUUUCACAAAACUCUAUUAAAUCAUUAAACAUA